UUUAUACACCACAAAAGAAGAAGAAAAGUAUUUGGUCACCCGGAACCUCACCAGCGAAGGACAGUUUGUAGUCGGAUUGCAUUUUUCGUGCGCCUCUGUAAUUUCUUUGUGCUGGCGGGUUUUGUCAACAUGUUUUCAAAACAUGGACGAUGGGAAACUCUCGAGGCUCUAAGAAACUCUUCGAAGGGAAACAUUUCAUUUGACCCGCACUGGUUAGAUAGGGGCGAGGACAUUUUGGCAGGCUGUAAAGGGACGCUGAGCUUGUCCCCACAGUCUGGCACCAUUUUGGAGCGCCUCAGUUCAUUCUCCCCCCAGAAGUCAUUCCUGGUUUCCAAAGACUGCUGCUCAAAUCUUUCAGAAACUCCAACCUCAUUAUCCUCAUUGACAGUUGAUCACAAUGUCAAGAACUCCAGAUGUUCAGUUGCUCCUUUUGAGCAAAUCCUGCAAAACCCUACUUGUGGUGUUGAAGUGAAGCAUGAAAGUCCUGGUCCAGAUUUCAGCCAAGAUUCUGGUCCUGUGUCAUCACCUGCUAUCUCAUUGCUGUCUCCCAAAGCAAUGGAGAUGGCAGGUCAGAUUCUCAGGUUUCAGGAGGAGCAGCGGGAAAGGGCUAAGAUCUCACUCAGAAAACGGCAGGAGGUGCAGGAAAGGCUGGUGGAGGAGGUGUCCAAUAUAGAAUCUGAGCAUCUGAAGCGCUUCGAGGAGCUAACGGAGCUAAAGCAGAGACAAGAGUUCCAGAGUAUGAGGGACAUGAUGGACAGAGAAACUAAAGAGAGCAUGGGCCGUCAAGAAAAGCUGAAGGAAGAACAGCGCCACAGAAUCAAG